CCUCUCUGCCUGCGCCGGCCAUGAUGGCACCGGGCGGAAGGAGGGCUCCGGGUGACGUCACGGCAGGGCCGCCCCGCCCCGUUCCCUUGGAGACAGGCGGGCGCUUCCGGUUGGGCCUAGCCGAGGACGAGGCCUUUCAGCGCACCCCAGACCCAUAACCCAGGUCCUGCGGAAAGAGAGAGGCUCCCGGGCGGGAAUGGCGGAGCCCCUGCAGAAGAAGCUCCAGGCCGAAGUGGAGAAGUACCAGCAGCUGCAGAAAGAUAUCAGCAAAUGCAUGUCAUCCCGGCAGAAGCUGGAGGCCCAGCUGACCGAGAACAACAUUGUGCAGGAGGAGCUGGGCUUCCUGGACGCCUCGAACUCCGUCUUCAAGCUGAUUGGGCCCGUCUUGGUGAAGCAGGACAUGGAGGAGGCAAAGGCCACGGUGGGGAAGAGGCUGGAGUACAUUGCGGGGGAGAUCAAGCGCUAUGAGGCCCAGAUGCAGGACCUGGAGAGGAAGUCGGAGCAGCAGCGGGACCUGCUGGGGAGGCUGCAGCAGGACUUCCAGAAGGCCCAGGCCCCGGGCAAGGCAGCCGCCCUCAAGGCCUGAAGGAGGAAGGAAGGAGAGAAGGAAAGAAAAGAAACGGAGGGCCAGCUGCUGGCUCCUCCGGUCACAAUAAAACCAAGCCACACCUGUG